AAAGAAGAUAAGAAGAUGCUUAAACAUUUGACCUUUUUUUUCGUUUCUGUAUUUUACAGCUAAAUUCAUUAUAAAUGCGGGCAGGAAUUGGAAGAAGCAGCAGAGCCAGAAACUAGUUGUAAAAUGACGGUACCAAUGUCUGUUGCAUUCGUUCUCUCAGUCCUUUUGCUCUUAGUAUCAUGCACAACUUCAGAUCCACUUCUCACCAACUUCCUCCAAUGCCUUCCGAAACAACAUCAAAACUUCACUUACCCAAUCUUUGAAACCAUUUACACCCAUAAAAAUACCUCAUUUCAAUCUGUUUUAUUGGGAUACAUUCGGAACAGCCGAUAUUCGACCCUUACGACUGCGAAACCUUUGGCUAUCGUAGCCGCCAAGCACAAAUCCCAUGUCCAAGCAACCGUGAUUUGCGCAAAAGAACACGGGCUGCAAAUUAGGAUACGAAGUGGGGGACAUGACUACGAGGGUCUAUCGUACGUAUCUGAUGUUCCCUUUGUCAUUCUUGACAUGUUUAAUCUUCGAGCGAUUGAUAUUAAUGUGGUGGAUGAGAGCGCCUGGGUUCAGGCUGGGGCAACUUUAGGUGAACUUUAUUAUGAAAUUGCAAACAAAAGCAACGUUCAUGGGUUUCCAGCAGGGGUGUGUCCAACAGUUGGUAUUGGCGGUCACUUUAGUGGCGGUGGGUACGGGCCAAUGAUGAGAAAAUAUGGCCUUACCGUUGAUAACAUAGAAGAUGCUCAACUAGUUGAUGUGAAGGGGAGGAUUCUUGAUAGAAGUCCUAUGGGAGAAGAUCUUUUUUGGGCCAUUAAAGGAGGUGGAGCAAGCUUUGGUGUCAUUUUGUCAUGGAAAAUCAAGCUACUUCCAGUUCCAGACAAAGUCACUGUGUUCAAUGUUAAAAGGACUCCAGAACAAGAUGCUAUAAAUGUCAUUUAUCGAUGGCAAUACGUAGCACCUAAGCUACCUGAAGAUAUCUUCAUCAGAGCAAUUACGCGUCUCAAGAAUAAUAGAGGCAAGAAGAGCGUGGAAGUAUCGUUCUUUGGUCUCUUUCUUGGACAAAGGGACAAGCUUGUCUCAUUGAUAAAUGAGAGUUUUUCUGAACUUGGUUUGCAGCGGCAAGAUUGUUUCGAAAUGAGUUGGGUAGAAUCUACUGUGUUUUGGGCUGACCAUCCAUUCGGAACUCCCAUAAGUGUUUUACGUAGUAGGCCACAAGGUCCACCCAAUUUCUUCAAAAGUAAGUCUGACUAUGUGAAAGAACCAAUUCCAAAAGAGGGAAUAGAAUCCAUAUGGAAGGCGAUGAUUAAGAUGGACAAAGUGUUGAUGCAAUGGAACCCGUACGGUGGAAGAAUGGCGAAAAUUCCUGAGUCGGAAACUCCAUUUCCUCACAGAGCUGGAAACCUGUUUAAGAUUCAGUACGUGACGUAUUGGGUGGAAGAAAGCUCUGUGACUUCCAAAAUACACCUUAAGUUCUUAAGAAAAUUGUAUGAAGGAAUGACUCCAUAUGUCUCCAAGAGUCCAAGAGAGGCCUUCCAAAACUACAGGGAUCUCGACAUUGGCGCAAAUCUACACAACAAAACUGAAUUUGGAAGUGCUAGAGUUUAUGGAAGCAAGUAUUUCAAAGGUAAUUUUGAUAGAUUGGUUCGUGUGAAAACCAUGGUUGAUCCUCAAAACUUUUUCAAGAAUGAACAAAGUAUCCCACCUCUGCAAAGAGAGACACAAUGACUGCA